AUGGAUGCUGCGCUGGAAGAUCUGAUGCGGAGGGUCCGGGACGAGGUAGUGGCGAGGGGCGCUGACUGGCUGGUGCCACAGCUGCAGGGUCUUCAGGCCGGGAGCGCUGCAGAGGGAUCCGGGGCCCCCAGGUCCAGUGCCCGCCGAUCCAGGCCCCCUUCUCGUCUGAGCCCGGAGAUAAUUCCACGCACCCGCCGCCGCCAUGCGAGCCCCUUGCGGGACCCUCCCGCUACCCCUGCACCAUCCGAUCCCACUCCUGAGGGCAGGGGGGCGGGGAGGAAUCCACCGGGCGUGCAGCGGGUGGCGGAGACGAGCGGCGCUGUCGCGGCUGCUGGGAGAGGAGGCCGCAACGCGAACCUGGAGGAUACGGCUGUUCCUCGCUCUGAUGUUCCGAGAGCGAGGGGGGCCCGGAGGUCGGGGAGGAGGCGCAGAGGCCAAGAUACUACACAGGGGAGGUCGGGGAAUGGUCUGGCCCUGGGCACGUCUGAAGUGAGCUCAGCUGAACUGAGCAGUGAUGGGGAGGGGAGGGGCCGGGACUCCCCUGCCUUGAGUGCUACAGGAGAGAGACUUGCCUCUGUUGUCAGGAGAGUGGAGACAAGAGGAGUCGGGGCAGGAGGAAGACGCAGGCUGUCUGUGGCUGGGAGUGUGGUGGAGCCGCCUGCACCAGCUGGAGGCAGUGUUUCUGCUGAUGGAGCGGAUGUUCGUGGAGCUGCAACAGCGGGGUCUGCCCACCGCGUGCCGUCUGGAUCUACGGGAGCUGCUGCAUCGGGUGAUGGUGGAGAUUCGGGAGCUACAGCCGCUGGUCACCUGGGGCCAGAGAGGCUUGGUGCUGCGCCGUGCCUAAUCUGGAUCCUGGGACACUCAUAUGUGGUGAGGGGUGCGGCGAGGGCCGCGGUGCGCCCGGAUGGGCGGCAAUUGGGUUUUUCCAGGGAAAAGGCACAGGUGAGGUGGUUGGGGCAAGGUGGGUUGUUGUGGGGGGGAGUUCUGCCGUUUUUACAGAAAUAUGUCGACCUGGAUAGGGCCCCUGAUGUGUUAGUCCUUCACGUGGGGGGCAACGACUUGGGGGGCAGGACGGCCAGGUCCUUGAUGAGGGACAUUAAGCUGGACCUGUUGAGAAUCUGGUCGUCAUUUCCGGGGAUUUUUAUCAUAUGGUCGGACAUUGUGGCCAGGCUUAAAUGGAGGCGGGCAAGGUCGGUGGCUAGCCUGAAUAGGGCGCGGGCGAAAGUUAAUAGAGUGGUCAGUCGUUUUGUGGCUAGGAACGGGGGCCUGGCGGUCAGGCACAGGGAACUGGAGGUUGCCUCUUCCGAGUUCUUGGGGCCUGAUGGGGUCCAUUUGAAUCCCAUUGGGACGGAUCUUUGGGCGUGGGAAAUACGAGACAUGUUGGAGAGGGCGGUUCAGUUGUGGGGGAGCGGCCGCUUGUAAGGAGUCACAAGAGGCCGUUGGUGGCAGGAGCUAGAGGGGGACUUGGAGACAAUUGGAGAGAGUUGGCACUGAAUGGGAUGGUGAGGCUGGGGGCGGUACCCAGCCUCGUGUGGUGAAACCCUGCGGGAGAGGCCCAAAAGGGCGGGGGUCU